GGACGACAGCCGAGUGCCGACGACGCCACACCUGACACACAGAGCAGCAGAACAAGAGGGUCGUUGAUGCUGCCGUACACAGUGUAUUGACCAGACAGUUAAAAGUUAAGCUGCCAUGGCCGCGUCGAUACAAGAACGAUUGAAGCUGAAGCAGUACCAAGUGGACACAUGGACCACUCGGGAGCAGCUGUGUCUUGCUUCAGCCGUCAUGCGCAGUGGUGACCAGAACUGGGUUGCUGUCAGGAGGAACAUAAAGAUGCUUACCAAUGAGACAAGUCGGCCACCAGACUGGUACUCAACCAAGAACUGUGCCCUCCAGUAUGCCCGCCUCCUGGAGCGUGUUGAUACUCCCAAAAGGAAGAGAGAACGAGGAGAUGGAGGCAAUGAGACCCCGGGUGAAAUUGUUACCAGGAUGUUGAGUAAACAACGUAUAGAAGAGCUGCAGGUGCUGGAGGCAGAGGAACGUGCCACCUACAACCAGUUGCAGAGAGAGAUUCAGCAGUUGGAAGCAGGGAAUCUAGACCAUCAGCUAGACACUUUCUGGGAACAACUUGUCAAGGAGCAAGCAGAGGAGGAGGAGAAGGAGCAGCAGCAGCAGCAAUGGCUGAAGGAACGAGAAGAAAAGAUCACAGCCAUCCAACAAGCACUUAAACAUCAGGGACCAAAAGUGCCUCAGCCGCCUCAUAAGAAGAAGCCCAAGUUGCAAGUGGGGGGUUGUGUCGGGAUGGCAGAGAGCAGGCGCAGCAGUGGGCUCUCAGAGACAUCCUCGGAGGUGGACAGUGCAGCAGAGAGUCCUGACCUGAAUGAAGUUACUUCAGAGAGUCUAGUUAGUAACAAGAGUCAAGAUGAAAGUGGCGGUGGCGAUAGUGAAGUAAGGCCCACCCCUACCUCCCCUCUGCUGUCCUCCCUCCUCAGCAAGUCACCCAUUACAGGUGUUCCUGGGGCAGCCUCCUCCCCACUGGCUCAGCUGGGAAUGGGAAGCAGGACCAUAAGAGGCCUUGGCAUCUCCCCAGUGUCUGAGGCCUUGCAGAACCUGGUGUCCUCAGCUAUUUCAGGCACCAACACAUUUGACAAGGACAAGAUUACCCACACCACCUCUGGCACAGGAACUUCAACCCUUUCUCUUCUGCUGGAUCUUCCCCCUAGCACUCCUGGUGGCCCACUGCCAAGAUUAAGUGACCUACCAGGACCAUCCUAUGAGCAAAAAGAACAGCUGUCUGCUGCUUCUUUGAAUAAAACUGAAAAAAAUAAGGAGAGCUUCUGUGAUAAGGGCUGUGAUGAAAAGGUAUCAGCAGAACAAACAACGCCCUCCAACCCUGAAAACCCCACAAAAAACAUAGCAGUAACUGUAGGUACUCCAGGAGCAGCACAGAAGGAAGCUGAGGGGGAUCCAUCCAUUUCACAACCAGAGGUGAAGAAUGUAGAAGAGAGAGAUGAAGAUAAAAAGGACCCACAAACAUCCCACAUAAAGGAGAAAGAAGAAGAGGAGAAAAGGAAGGAGAGUGGGGAGCAGGAGCAGAAAAUACAAGAGAAAGAAGAGGAGGAGGACAAGGAGGAGGGGGAGGAGGAGGAGGACGAGGAGGAGGACGACAUAGAGGAGGAGGAGAAGGAGGAGGAGGAGGAGGAUAAGAAGAAGAGAAAGAAGAAGAAGAAAAAGAAAAAAGAGGAGGAGGAGGAGGAGAAGGAAAAGGAGGAAGAAAACAAGGAGGAGGAGGAUAAAUUCCAGGAAGCUGAAGAGAAGCCCGAGCAAGAGCAGAAACGUGAACAAAAAAAGGAAGAGAAGCCGGAGCAGGAGCACAUGGAGAUGCAGGAUGGAGUGCCUGUGGAGGUGCAAGGGACAGCCACCAGAGAAAAGACAAAUGAUGAUCUGAACACUACAAAGGAGACAACUGAUGUUAAGAAAACAGAAGACGCAGGUACAGAAGAUGGGAAAAUGAAGAUAGAAGAAAAGGUUCUUGAGGCUGAGAUCAUUAAUGAAGAAAAUGGCAUUGGAAACAAAAAUGAAUUACACUCAUUGUCGAAGUCUUGUAAGGUGGCACCACUAAUUGCAGAGACAGGGCAAGAAGGCUGCAGUAGCACUUGUCUGACAAAAAAGGAAGGUUGCAAGACGGAGCUGGAUUCUGAGGUAACUGAACAACAAGAGAAAGAGGUGAAGAAGGAGGAGGAAGAGGAGAAGGAGCUGAAAGGGAAUGUGGAAGAUAAUCAGGAGAAUGUUGAUGAUGAUGAUAAUGAUGAUGAUGAGGAUGAUGAUGAGGAGGAGGAGGAGGAGAAGGAGGAGGAGGCAGCAACAGUAGCAGCAGUUAGAGAAGAGGAAGAAGAGGAGGAGGAAGAGGAAGAGGAGGAGGAGGAAGAGGAAGAAGUAGCUACAGAACCAGAAGGACAUUUGAAAGGGAACAAAACAGAAGGCAAAAAGGAGGAGGAGGGAGACUCAAGCAGAAAGGCUGAAUGGAAAGAAAAAGGGGAACCUGUUAAGCACAUUAAGACUGAAGAUAAUGCCACAAGUCCUGAGAGUGAAGAGCAGCUCAGGAAGACCAUAAUAAAACAGGAACAAGAGGAUGACCUUCAGGAUGAUCAAGACAGCAAGGAUUGGGUGAGUGAGGAGGAAGGCAGCAUCUUUGGCAGCAGAAAGAGGAAGAUCUCUGGAGGGGAUAUCAUUGGCUCCUCGUCUCCACUAAUUUCAUAUUCAUCACCCAAUUCCCCAGCAUCAACACACUUUGGGGAUGACUCUGAGAAUGAGAGGGCAUAUAGAUCCUGGAAGAAACCAAUCAUGAUCCUCUGGAAUGAAAUUGCAGCUCACAAGUUUGCUUCACUCUUCCUUCGCCCCAUUACUGAUGACCAGGCUCCAGGCUACCACUCCAUAGUCUAUCGACCCAUGGACCUGCAGAAAAUUAAGAAGAAUAUUGAAAAUGGAGUAAUUCGCACCACUUCUGAGUUCCAACGUGACAUUAUGCUCAUGUUCCUUAAUGCCACCAUGUAUAAUACCCAUGACCACAAUGUAUACCACAUGGCUCACCAUAUGAUGAAGGAUGCUGUCUCCACCAUCCAGAGGGUAAUAUGUAAUACAGGAGACAUAAAUGGGACGUGGAGGAACAGUUUGGGGUGCCGUAGUUUGGAGGGAGGUUGCUGCCAUUCCCACAGGCUCUUGGACUUCCUAAACACACAAAUGCUCAUGCAAGCUGAGGAAACGCCUUCGAAAUCCCUUCGUAGAGAGACUCGAGAGUCAUCAGCCAAGAGGAGUGAUGACGACUCUAAGAGGAAAAGAGAGCCAUCAGAUGAGAAGAGUUUGAAGAAGAGGCGCCUUAAUUGAAAAUGGAUGGGUAUGGAAUUUGGCAAUCAAGCAGACUUUUCUACGAAUGUUUUACAUGAUUCAGUAAAGUAGUUCACUGCAUUAUGACAGGUUAAUGAUUAUUAGUAAAAUGAAUGCACUCACUUGCACCCUUUCUGUCUGUGUUUCUUGGCAAAACCUUCCAAAAGACAUUCUUAUUGCCAUUGUAGAUUUGAAAGUCCUAAAGGUUAACUUUCCUCUAAUAACUUUAUUUCCAUCAAUGACAGGUGCAAAACUUGCCACAUCAGCAUUGCAGUGCUUGCCUACAAUUUUGCAACUGGUGAUAUGCAGUGACAAAACUGAUUAACCAACCCACCACUGGCUUGAAAACUUCCCAUGAUUAGCUUUUUAGCAAACUUUUGUACAGCAGACAGUAGCUCUGGGUCUCACACUGAUAUACCAUUUGCCUUCUGUUGCUUGUUUCACAUGUACAAUUUUCCAUUUAAGUCUUUAAGGAUCAAUAAUUUUUACUUUUUCAAAACCACGAUCUCCAUGGCAGUACAAGCACUCCAGCACAUACUUUUAUAGCCAUUUAACUGGUGGAAUUGGAAAUUUGCUGAUCCUCUUCAAAAAGAGCAAACAAAACUCCCUUUUUUCUGACUUUUCUUGUAUUUCUGAUUGUUGUCCAUUUGUAUCUCACUGUUUCUUUCAAACACCUUUUUGAGAUUAGUUUGUGAUUUUUGGCAUGAUGGUGGAGAACAGUGUAAAAUAAAUGACAAAGAAUGUAAGCAUUGAAGAUGCAGUUACAGUACAAUGCAGACUGAACAGAUGUACACAAGCUCAGAAAGUGGUCACUGGAGCGCCUAUAUUGCAAAAUUUAAUCGAAUCACACACCAUUUUGUGGAAUAUUACAAUAAAUUUACCAAAAGAUGAAGGUUCAGUUUAGUGGAAAUUUUUAUUAAGUGGUAAGGGUGGCUAAAAUUAGUGUGCUGACAGUAGUUUACUGAACUUUUGUACUUGGAUCAUGAAUUUGUGAACUUUUAAACUUUGGUUCUUUAUCAUACUGAUUGCCACUUAUUUUAAAAGGAGUAAAGGGUGAUCUCAUCGUCCCCUUAAGGCAAUGGUUUAGGCCCAUCACUUUGUUUGGCAGUUCCUGUCUGCUGCCUUACCUGACAUGUCUUGCUGGAAGUAAAAAUGUAGCAGUGAUUGGUAUGGCACUCUUAUUAGUCAUUAGGUUGCCUGACUGCCAUGUGCUUUGAACACAUAUUGAUAAACGAUAAUUUAGUGUUUCUGACACGUAAACAGAUAGCAAGAGCCUUUUCUAAUUUCUAAAAGGUCCAAAUCUAAUAAGUAAUUAUUUGUUGGUUCAACGAAAAGUUUGUCAUCCUAUUGCUUGUUUGAUUAAUUGGUAAGUUCAGAUGAAAUGUGACAAAUCAUUAAGUUGCAGCUCUCAGUCUGAACCCUUUCCAUCCGUGACACAGACGUCGGCGUCACAGUAUGGAAAGGGUCCAGAGGAAAUGGAAGAGGAUUAAUCCUCUUCUAAACCUCUCAAUCCUCCUCUAAAUUCCUCUUAAUCCUCUUCCAUUUCCUCUUAAGAGGUUUAGAAGAGGAUUAAGAGGAAAUGGAAGAGGAUUAACCCAUAAACUACGGAAUUAAGAUUCGGGAAUAACUCCUGGGUGCGCAAUAAAUGGCAAAACAGUAACCUGGUGGAAAACAAUUUUUAGUAUUACAACACCCAAGAGAGACAUGUUGAGCACCAAAUAGUGCAAAAAAAAAAAAUCACAAUGUGGCAAUGAUGGCGGGAUAAAGGUUGCGGAUAUGAGGCGACCUUGGGAGCGCUGAUAGUGACGGGGUAGAUAGGACGGUGGCAGAGGGAAGAUGACACAUGGCACAGUCACGUCUGAACAUUCUCUUGCCACUAAUUAUUCAUUCCAGUUACAACAAAGAAAAUAUAUCACAGGAAACAUCACUUUGUGAAUUUCGAUAAUCAACCUCUUGCGCAUCAUUAUCAAGAGGCCAGUCAUUAGUCACACCAGCAAUAUUCUUGUCAAAGUUAUGAAUGUCUGGCACAAAAUCUGAUCCAUCAGACCAGACGAAUGGAGUACAUGUUGACUCGCGUCUCUGAGGCUCCUGUUCUCCCUCUGCCUCCCUCUCCUCUCCCACACCAGCUGACACCCCUCCCUCACUCAGUUCAUUAGCUGAGUCUUCUCUUAUACCCCCACUGUCAUUUUCCUCAUCUUUCUGCCACUCUGAAUUAUCGGACAGUGAUGAUGGUGUCAGUGAGUGACUAGGCUAGCUAGUAACUUUCCGCACUGUUGGAGAGGCAGUGUGUCUGUGACCUUGAGCGCCAGAAGCAUGCUCACGCUUGCCAUGCUUCCUCAGACCAGCUGAAUCUGAUGAUUGAAUGCAAUCUGAAUCACUGUCUUUUUCAAAUUUGUAUACUUCAAUCUUUCUCUUUACCAAUACUUUCUUUUUACCGCCUCCCAUGCCUCCCCCUCGGUCACGACCUCAGGAGCUAUAUGAGACUGGUUGGCAUCAGUAGAUGACAUAAUUCUACUCUCCAUGGCUGCUAAAGAGCAACUAAUAUGAUGUUGGUGACUACAUGGUGCGAAAGAGGGAUGAUGUUGCCACACGAGGUUCAUUGGAAUAUACUUUGGCAUCGCGGGAAAUAUAAAUAUUCACCUUGGAACAUGUGUCAUCUUAAGAUGUCUGGCGCAGUCUAACUCAUAGCAUCUUGAGAUGUCUGGUGCAGUUUACGGGUUAAGAGGUUUAGAAGAGGACUAAUGGUGACGCCGUCGGACACCCAUCAGACACCGACGUCGGCAUCACCGGAGUGAAGGGGUUAAAAUAUUCUUUUACUUCUGGGCCUUUUAUGAACACACACAUAUUCCCAUAGUGUCUUCCUCUCUUGAGGGAGUAUGAACAGUUACACAUCAUCUAAUAUGUACUUGUACUGGCCAUGCAGUAUAUCUUUCCACAUAAUCAAAAAUCAUUCCAUCUCUUCCUCACAGAGUCAUCCAUCCAUGUAAGUAAUUAAUGACUUCUGUUUGUGUUGUGUCAGUUCAGUCAUUCUUUAUGCUUGUAAAAAAAUAUUCUAAAAUUUACUAUGCCCUUUUUUUCUGAAAUGAUUGUUUUAAAAAUUACCUGAUUACCUGCUGCAAAAUAUCUGAUGUGUAACAUGUUAAUGAAAGUAAAUUUUUGUAAUUUCAA